UUUAGCUUGCUAUAGAACGCCAAUAAUGAGUGUAUUUACUUGCAAUAGAUUUGCACGCCCAUAUGGCAGGUAAACAACCGAAUUCAAUAUAUUUUAUACCGCCAGAGGACAAGGCUUUUAAAUGCUCCACAACAAGCUCACCUUUUGCUUUCAUUCUACUGGUUAAUAUGUGCCAGUUUAAUGAGUUCUUAUGUUUUUGUAUAAUAUCUUAACUUUUUCAAUUUAAGAAUGUGUCGAUGUAAUGCAUUCAUACAUAAGAGUAUAAUACACCAGAGGGGAUUCACUGCUGUCAAAUUUCAUAUAUGUGUGCGUUAUCGCAGAUCAACUCUGGUCCAUGACGUUUGUUGGUCCGUGAUGUUUGUAACUAUGAACAAUAAUGGGGGAAAAUCACUACGCAACACUUUUAUGAAAGUUUACCGCGGUUUCUCGAGUUUUGAUAAAAAAACGUUCCAAUUCUAUAAUAUUUCAUAUCGAUCAUUUUCAUGACCAAAAGGAACAAAAACCAAAACAAACGCUAUGUUGUCGAAUAUGUUGGUUACACGAUGUUUGACAGGUAGAUCCCCCCUGUAAUACAUCUCUCUGACACCGUAAUCCCAUUCGCGUUGACGGUGUUGCUGAUAUUUGUUUGGUUUUUGCAUGCGAAAAAGAAGGAAGGAAAUAUUUUUGCUUUUGUCAUCACGCACAUUUUGACAGUAACAUAUGAGUGUUCACGUAGGUGCGAACAGCUUUCAAAAUCUCUUCCAACGCGAAUAACCCGAAUUACCUAUAGUUUGACAGUACCCCCAUUAUGACGAACCCCUCGAUGCCGAGCCCCAAACAACAAUGGCCGCAAAGGAAAGACAUCUGACGUGCUCUUCACUCCCGUUCAGUGUUGCCUAAUCUAUCGAUGUCGCUGUUUAUAGCAGUGUGAGGCACAGCAGUGUAACAUGCCAUUUCAUUCCCGCGUAUACAAAAGUACAGGCUACGAACGUGUCAGGGAGGUGCAUUCAUACAUAAGAGUAUAAUACGUAUAAUACGAUACAUUUCAAAUCGAAUGGCAUCCCUGCACCAGCCUUGUCGUUUAUUCUGGCUUUUCUCCGUUUGAAGGCUGACUGCUGGUGAAAUGUGUAACAAACACAACCAUACAAUCCAAGCUUGACAAGGAUAGGCCAAAACAUACUGUAGGCUGAAGUGGCGUGCUGCAGCUUGUACUAUGGUAUCGGCCACAUAGUUCGGAAAGAAUUGCGAAGUUAUUGUGUGUAUUCAACACUAGUAACCGAUUUUGGAUCGGCGGUCAUGCUUACCGCUGAAUGGAUAUUACAACAGCUUAUUAAGCUCAUUGUACUACUACAUGCAAAUCGAUCACUCAUGUUCAGAUAGUGACCAGCAUUGAUAGCAAGGCAGUAGACUAUCUCACCCACAGUUAGCGCAACACAAGCAUCAUUCAAUAUCAAUAGAUAUCUAUAAUUUAUUGAAAGGUUUUUGGAUCUCCCACAACAACAACUAUUCAUCAGCAGCAGCAGCAACAACAACAACAAUCCACAAUGCAGAUGAAUGCAGUUCGAAAGAUUAACAGUCUCCUGCAGAGCGGCGCCGUUAGUGUGACCGGUAUUUCCGGUAGCCAAGCCCGAAUGCUGCCGAAAAAACCAUUGAAUAAUCAACAGACUAGCGUUUCAAUAACCACCACCAACAGUUAUGUCUCCAAGCAGCAGAAAUGCUACGUUUGCGGAGACAAUGCUGGUAUCAAUGCCACCCUUUUGACGGAAGCGUCCACUGCCACGUCACAAACCGAGUUUACUUCGAAGAUAGCAAAAAUAGUUGGUGAAGGAUACAUGGUCAUUAUUGGAACCGACGACGUCGUGUGCAGGCGGUGUAUAACGCUCUUCAACCAAAUGGAUAAACUUGAAACUGAUCUAGAACACGUACGGACUACGCUUACAAAUUAUAUUCACAAGAAAUAUAAUAUAUUAGACGAUGACCCGGGAAUCGCUCCACCGCCCGCAAAAAUACAACGUCUCGGAAGCGGUACUGUGGGCGGAACGGCUGCUACGACAUACAGUAUAAAGACCGUAAAUGACUCAGGGCAAGAGAUAACCGACGUAUCCAGGAAAGGCAACACUUCUGGUACACUAUCGGAUCUCACAAAUAGUGGCAUAGAUAUCGAGAGUCAAUUGUCAAACAUGUUUGAUAAACCGCAACAAAUUGUUACACAGCAGGUACAGCCACAACAGCAACAAAUACAAACGACAAACAAUGGAGCGAAUAUCAGUAGCAGUUCGGCACAACAGCACACGCCUACCGCAAUUAUUCGUCGAAAUCCGAUAAAAAUGUAUAAGUGCAUGUCUUGCGAUUUCAAGACCCAGGAUCUUACCCAGUUCCAGCCUCACUAUGAACAAUGUAAAGCGAAUCAGCCACCUGCAGCACCAACUGCCACAACAACAACAACGACAACGUCGUCCGCCUAUCGUUGUAAAUUGUGCAAAAAGAUCUUCGCCUCUGUAGCGCUACUAAAGCAGCACAACGCCCAGGAGCAUCAAAAUACCGUACAACAGCAGCAAGCACAGCCUACCGAAAUCAAAAUCGUAGAACAGCCAAGCCCAGCAUCGGCUGUAACACAGCUAUACGCCUGUAAUAUGUGCACUUAUAAAACUCCAGACAAGCAAAAUCACGACGACCAUCUUCGGAAACACAUAAAGCUGAAACCAUUCAAAUGUCGUGUGUGUUUGAUGCGAUUUGAAACCCGCGAACAGGCUUCUAUUCACGCGAAGAAUCAUCAGCCUGAUUACUUCAAGUGCGGCAUAUGUAACGUUACGUUCAACAAACGUGAAUUGCUAAUGAAACAUUUAGAAACUCACGAGAAUGUUAAAAAACACGUCCCAGUACAGAAACACACUACGAUUACGACAGUUCAGCAGCCGGUAGUUCAACAACAGCAGCCACAACAACAGCAAAUUAUCCACCAACAGCAGCAGCAGCAGCAUCAAUCGCCACAAAUUCAUAUGAAGAAUGAAAUGCCAGUGGCAGUGAAUCAAGUGGCCGAUUCUUCGACGCAGAAGCUACUGCAGGCAACAAUCGACGAAGCGCUACGAGAUACGAUUGGGGAAACUAUCGAUGCCAAAUCGAUUCAAUUUCACUCCUGCAAUACUUGCUCCCUGACAUUCCUAAAUGAAAAGUUAUACACUCAACAUAUGAAAAUGCACUCCGGCAGCGCCGGUGUCCAGGCACCAAUUACUGCAACUGGUAACCAAACGAUUGGUGGAACAACUAUUACCAGCAGUAAAAAAAUGGUAAAUACGAAUGCAGCUCUUAACAAUGGAGGCCAGCAGGAACUUCACGGCAAACUGCUUGCGCCGGGCGGUGGCGGUUCCGAAACAGCACUCACCACUAGCCAUAGCAUCUCGGAUGGCGACCUCGAGAGUAUAUUCGAGAAAAUACACUCGGAUAAAAGCGAUAUUAACGCGAGCGAUAAUUUGGUCAUCACCAGUCAGGACAAUGCUAGCGGAAAUAUAACGUACAGCAUUACACUUGCCCAACAGGGUCAGCAAGGUCAAACUUUUGUGCAGCAACAAUCGCAGCAUCAACAGGCAGCGGAAUCGACGGAUAGCAAAUUGGUUACUCAGAAUCAGACCAAGCAACAGACUGGAGUCAGUAUCGAUAUGCCUACCUUAGAUCAAGGCGAUGAUCAGCAACAGCAAGGUCAAAUUCAAACCAAACCGGAAACCAUGAAUAUGCCCGUUAGCAUGCCAAGCUUAGACGACGAUGGCGAACAGUCACAAAAUAGUCAGAACUCUAACGCGGAAGGAGUCCAUAUGGAACUGGAAGGCAUGCAGGAUGCCGAUGGUCAACCUAUAAAGUUUAUUUUGAAUGAAAACGGUCAGAUCCUUCAACUGGAUAAUCAUAUCCUGACUACAGAUGCCGAAGGAAAUCAGAUUCUUGUGCAGGGCACAGACAGCGAACAGAUUCAACAACUGUUGCAGAGCGUUGGAGUAGUAAUGCAAAGUGGAGAAGGACUGGGUGAAGGUGAAACGUUACAGAUGAUUAGUGGUGAUGGUCAAACGGGGCAAAUGAUACUAGUACAAGGCGCUGAUGGGCAAGAGCAGUUAAUUGAUGCUUCGCUGUUGAACGCGGAUGGAAACAUUGUAAUUCAGCAAUCUCAAGAGGGUGAACUGAAUGCUGAGGGAACACAUAUAACAACUGAAGAUGGUCUUCAGAUUCCGGUGUCAGUGGCGUUCACUACUUCCGGUGAAGUAGAUCAAGAGGGUAAUUUGACAGUAUCUAUGGCUGGCGGUGAAGGUGGAGAACAGCAGAUUCAAUUGCAUUUGCAACAAGCUGGUGACGAACAGCAGGAAGGCGAGGGUCAGCAGGCUAUCCUAACCGAGGGUGGACAAAUAAUAUUGCAAACCCAAGAACAGGUGGAGGAACAGCAAAAACAAGAUAACCCAAAUGAGCGAGUUCAGAGCACAGUGAGCAGUGGUACUAACGCUGGCUCAGGCCCAGGUACUGGUGGAAGCGGUGUAACUGCAGCAAAUGUGACAACGACUGCAACCGGUGCCGAUGAGCAGGGACUGUUCAACUUUGAUGAGCUCAUCCAACCUCAAGUCGUUAUAAAACAACAGACGGAAAUGUCCUCAGAAGAAGACAAAAGUAACAAAGACGCAAACAAACCUGACCAGAAAAACGAAUCUGUCUGAACACAGUUUGCUUCUUAGUCCAGUCUUAUAAGUAAGGGCAGAAAUCCACAAAAAAAAACUUGGUCUUGUUUACAAUAUUCACAGCCAGCACCCUAGGCGGAACCGAAGUCCCAAAAAACAUCAUCCUUAUCCACCGUAGGCAUCAGUUGCUGGAUGACCGAUAUCGGUAAGCCUCAUAAUAAUUGUUUUUACUUUCAGCGAAGUUUAGUAUCAACUCAUUUCUUUAAGUAUGAUGGUACACUAAGUUUGAGAAUUAUUCUUAAAGUAGGUUAAUAAAUUGAACACAUGAGUACAGUAGGUUGUGUUCAAUGCACACAUCUUAAAAAAUGAAACAUGAUUAAUAUCAAACACUGUAAAUAAACAUUUGUACAUGGUUGGUAAGUGUUUAAUAGGAAAGUAAUGGCAAAAACUGAGUUUGUAAAUUUAUCACAUAGAAUAAUCGAAUCAAAUCUAUGGAAAAAUGAUCAGAAAACCUUAACACGGAAUUUUUACUUUUUGUAUUCUUCUAGAUUUAAGGUUUGAGAAUGCAUCGUAGAAAUAAUAAUCUUACUAUUAUAGUUCAGUUCACUUUUAGUAACUUUUUUUUUCUUCUAUACAACUACGUUAGUAUGCAGUAAUAAAACAGUCAUACGCCGCACGCUUUCAAAAGAUAGCCGAUUAUUCUCCGGCACACUCGAUUCAGAUAGCUUCUUGAUCCGUUGGAUUUAUUUACGACUUGUAUAAAACAAAUCUCCAAAACAUAAUAAAGAUAAAUAAUUAAGAAUAACAUAGAAGUACUGAAAUCAUACACGGAUGCUAUUUUAAAGUUUGAUUUUGAGACAUAGGCUACUAUAACUAAUACACUAUCAUUUUAGAACAAAUAAUAAGAAUAAACAUUCAAAUUAACGUUGAAUCGAGAUACCGUAGAUUUUCAAAAGGUA